AGUUAAAAAAACACAAAAUGUUUAAAUCACGGCUCAUGACUGGUUUCGUCGUUUUCCUUUUUGCUUUUCCUCCUGCUUACGGGGCUUUCGAGUACAUGCAACUCGUUUUAACAUGGCCUAUAUCAUUUUGCCACACGAAGAAGUGCGUGAGAAUUCCAACCAACUUUACUAUCCAUGGGCUUUGGCCGGAUAACAAGAACACACUACUGAAUAACUGCGCCCCUGGUGCAACAUAUCAUAUGAUAGACGAUCCAGGUAUGUUGAAACAGAUGGACGAUCGGUGGACAGAACUAACCUCAGAUGUAAAAAAUAGUAAAGAAUAUCAAGGAUUCUGGCAACAUGAAUUCUUAAAGCAUGGAACGUGUUGUGAGGGUCAUAAUACUGAAGAAGCAUAUUUCAAGUUAGCCAUGCGCUUGAAAGACAGAUUUGAUCUUUUGACAAUUCUCAGAGCUAGUGGAAUUAUUCCUGGAAAUUAUUAUUCCAUUGACAGCAUUCAGAAAGCCAUCAAGGGAGUUACUCGAGCGGUUCCAAAUCUCUAUUGUAAUCCUGAUCCACAUAACCCAAGAAUGGAACUGGUGGAAAUAGGGAUAUGUUUCGACCCAAAGGCAACUUAUGUGAUGGUUUGUCGUCGAUAUAAGACUUGCCACCGAGAUGGAAACACUUUAAUUUAUUUUCCAGGGUGAAUAACACCCCAUUCCUUAUAUCUUUCUUUUCUUGUUCUAAGCAUAAUAAACAGCAAAACCCUGGAAUAACCUGUCACAAAUAUUAUAAGUCUGCAGACCACAUUAUUAACAACAAGAAGCAAAUUUCCUAUCAAUUUAUGAUAAUCAUUAUUGACUACA